AUGGCUAUUGUGGUAGUUCAGGUCGGGCAAUGUGGCAAUCAACUUGGCGAUGAGUUUUUCACGCAGCUUUACACCUUUUCGAAGGGAAAUCGUCAACUUCCGUCGCCGUUUUUCACGCGGGAUGGGAUGGCGCGCUGCGUGCUCGUCGACUCCGAGCCCAAAGUCGUCCGUGGCGUCGCCGCGCGGAACCGGCAUUUCAUCCGUGGCGAAAACGUCGUCGAGGGGCAGUCGGGAAGGGGGAAUAACUGGGGCCUCGGCUACUACGGCGUGCGAGAUCCCCACCCCCACCCCGCCGACGGCAUUGCGGCCGCCUCCGCCCAUCCCUUUAUCGCCUGUCGGAAGGAUCAACGGGUCGCCGAUGGCGAUUUCCUCACCCGCGCGCUCCGCGCGAUCCACCUGGAGGCCUGGCGCACCGCCGAUUCCGCCAGCUUCGAGGCGAUCCUCCUCCUGCACAGCCUCGCCGGGGGGACCGGGAGCGGGUUCGCCGCGCGGUUGGCGGAGAAGAUUCGGUUUCACUUCAUCGAACCCUCCGAGGCGGCCUCGGCCUCGUCGGACGAACGCGAGGAAGACGACGCCCGUCGGCGGGAUGGGUUGGAGGGGAUGCUGGUGGGGAAACGACGCGCGCGGUUUCUCCUCAGCCUCGCGGUCGCGCCGCAGCUCGCGGGGGAGCUCGCGACGCAAAGCCUGAACGCGACGCUCAGCCUGCACGUCUUGCAUGGCUGCGUGGAUGGGAUUAUUUUGCUACGCAACGCGGACGUCAUGGUCUCGGGGGAGGUCGGGAAAAAAGGGGAACAAGGGAGGGCCCCUACGUCGUCCGCGCCGACGAUCCUUCCCCCGUGCGCGACGUUUAAGGAGGCGAACGAGGUCCUCGUGGCGAUGGUGUUGCCGUUGUUUUUGUACGGGGAAACGCCGGGGGGGGUGGAGGGGUUGCUUCGUCAGGUCCUUCCGCAGAGGAUGGGGGAAGGGGAGGGGUGGGGGGGUGCCCCACGCGCGCGGGGUUCGCGGAUUUUAUCGCUUCUUCCGACGCCACAGGGGAGUUACGAGGCCUGGCGGGGCUGUGCCCGGCGCGGGCGGUUUUACGCCAUCCACGGAGGAAAGACGGGGUUGCCCGGGUGCGGGCCGACGAUCCCGUGGGAGGUGAUUUCGUCAGCCCGCGAGAAAGCGGCGGGGAGCCCGCGGGGGCAUCGCCUCGAGCGUCCUCGUCGGGAGCGCGAAAAAACGAACGAACAAACGAACGAGAAAGAGAACGCGAAUGAGGGAGGAGGAGGAGGCGGGGGGGUGCGAUCGACCUCGCGGUGGCGGAUGGGCGGGGAUCCUCGACGGCCGCGGAUUUCCCCCGCCCGAAAGGGCCGUCGCGCCCUCGUCGAGGGGGAUGCCGUCGGAAAUGACGCAUCUUCGAGCCCUUUGGCGGAAUCGGAUCCGGCCGAUUCCCCCUUCGUUGAGGUUCCCGUUUCCAUCCCGAAGGAUCUUUUGAGUUAUUACGUGGGGUUGAAGCGCAGCCCGGUGGCGAAGCUCGCGCGUUCCUUGGAGGGCGUCGCGGUCCUCAAUCAAACCCGCGAGUUGAACGCGAUGGUGCUCUUCCCGUUGCUUAGCUCCGCGGCGUUUAAGGUGAAGGUGGGGGCGUUUUUGCACAUGUACGAGGCGGCCGGGGUGUCCGCGCAGCGGAUCGAAAAGGCCUAUCGAGAACUUGCCGAAAUUCUUAGUGAAUCCGAGGAGUGUUAA